AGUCGUCCAUCUAGGGGGAAAUCCAUAUUGUCACCGGAAGCACCUUACACCAUGGCCUGGGGUCUCGACACGACGCCGACGCCGGCGCGGACGCCUGCUGCUGCUGCUGCACCUUCCACUCCCGCUGCUACUUCUUCCACUGUUGCAGCUCUGGGACCGGCCCCUGAGGCUACUGAGGCCAUUGACAUCUUCGAAGGUGUGGAGCCUGUGACGAGUGUGGCACUUGAGGGUGUGGCUCUGCUUCAGAUCAUUAAGCACUGCCAUGAAAGCCUUCCCGGCGGCGUGGCUGGCUCACUUCUAGGUUUGGACAAUGAACAGGUUCUGGAGGUGACCAACAGCUUCCCGUCUCCGCCCAGCAGUGAACGUAAGAAGGGAGCGGACGAGUAUCAGCUGGACAUGAUGAAGAGUCUGCGUGAAGUGGGUAUGGAUAACAACAAGGUGGGCUGGUACCAGUCUGUGGCCAUGGGCACUUUCUGCACGGCCUCGUUCAUUGAGCACCAGUUCCAGUACCAGAAAUCGCUGGGUCCGAACGCCAUUUGCCUCAUCUACGACUCGGCCGAGACUUCCAAGGGCUCGCUCAGUCUGCGUGCUGUGCGUCUCACCAAGGCUUUUAUGGAUACGUACAAGAGCGGAUCGUUCACUAAGGAGAGCUUCGCCAAGGCUGACAUCCGCUCGGCCACUGUAGUGGAGGAAAUCCCCAUUGAGAUCCGCAACUCGGACAUCAUCACGUGCUGGCUGCAGCAGACGGCGCAUGCCAAUGACAGCACCACCGCCAGCAGCUUUGAGCGUCUGGACUUGGCCACUAACGCUUACGUGGAGAGUAGCCUCAAGAACAUGACGCUGUGGGCUGACGAGCUCGCGCAGGAACACUACAAAUUCCAGGGUUACGAGCGCGCAUUAUCUAAGCAGCGCGCCGCCUACCAGCAGUGGCAAAAUAGACAGCGGGAGGAGAACAAGGUUCGUCGUGAGAACGGCGAGGAGCCCGUGCCCGAGGAGGACCCUAACUUUUUCAAGUCGGUGAACCAACCCUCGCGUCUGGAGUCGCUCCUCAUUACCAAGCAGAUGAACACGUACUGUGAGCACAUCAACCGCUACGCUGGAAAGUCGUUCCAGAAGCUCUUCCUGGCUGCCAAGAUUCACCAGAACGAGUAAGCAGACAGAGAGCUCGACGUAAUCUUGUCAAUCUUUCUCGACACAAGACGAAACUCCAGAGACAGACAAAGCAAGGCAGCCAGCAGGACGGUUUUGGUAUAAGGUCACGGUAAGGUCUUGAGUAGCUGGUUGGUGUGUUGGCAGUAAAAUGUCGGCAGGGCUAGAUAGAACAAAGGUGGAUGGAAUCAGGUGCUUCCCCCACUUUGACUUCCGUUCGCUCGUUCAUUAAGGAGAAAUCCGUUCAUGUGCUAUACUCUCU